GGCUACACGGCCCUGCAGCGCGCCGCCUGUGAGGGCCACGUAGACAUCGUGCGGCAGCUCAUCAAGCACAACGCUAACGUGGACCACCAGGAUGACCAGCACGGGAACACGGCGCUACACGAGGCGGCCUGGAAGGGCUACAGCCACACGGCGGAGGCGCUGGUGCGCGCCAAGGCCAAUGUCUAUAUCAAGAACAAGGGCGGCUUCGCGCCGCUGCACCUGGCCUGCCAGAACGGCCACAACCAGACGUGCCGCGUGCUGCUGCUGGCGGGCUGCAGGCCGGACAUCAAGAACAACUACGGCGACACGCCCCUGCACACCGCCGCGCGCUACGGCCACGCGGGGGUCACGCGCAUCCUGCUCUCCGCCCGCAGCCACGUCGCCGAGAUGAACAAGAAUGGCGACACAGCCCUGCACAUCGCGGCAGCCAUGGGGAGGAGGAAGCUGACCAAGAUAAUGCUGGAGUCCGGGGCCGACCAGACCAUCAAGAACAAGCAAAACGAGGCGCCGGGAGACAUUGCCAAGCGGAAGGAGUUCGACCAAAUCUUAGAAAUCCUGAAGAAUCCUCCGCCCAUAGUGUCUGUGGAGGAGCGGCUGAGGAGGGAGCAGGAGCAGAAGAAGCGGGAGGCUAAGAAUGGGGCAGCAGGUGGAGGGAAGGACAAGGACACCGGGAAGGGGGAUAAGAAGAGGGGCAAGACCAAUGACAGCGGGACCUCCUCUAAAGACAGCAGCACCCGAGCCAAGGAGAAGAAGAAGCACAAGGCAGAGCACAAGGAGAAGCGCCGAGCCAAGCAGGUGCAGUGGUCGCCGUACGGAUGCCAAUACUACCCGCCGCUGUCCCCGCAGGACCUGGCCGUGCCCAACAUUGACUCCCUCCCCAAGGACCCGCUGGGCAAGGGGGAGCAGUACUUCAUUGAUCUUGCCGGCAACAUCAAGAAGGGGCCGGUGGGCGUGGGCUACACCUGCUACUGUGCACCCUUCUUCAAGAAUGUGGAGGACAAGCUGGAGAAGGACAAAGUGGCGCUCAUGGACCACAUCGACGCAGCGCACGACAAGCUGGACGCCAAAAUCACCAACCUGGAACAUCGCACCAAGUCACACAUCCAACACCUCAGUGACAACGUGAAGCAGAAGUUGGCUGACGAGAAGGAAGAGUGUCGGCAGCGCGUGGAGAGGACAAAGGUAGCGAGGGAGGUUCAGGCGGACUCCAAGAUGUCGCAGCUGCAGCAGUGGGUGGAGCGGCGCCUGGCAUCGCGCGCCCCUCCCAGCCAGCAGCCACAGAUCCUGCCGAGGUCCUUCAUGUUCAGAGGCUCGGUGCGGAGACCCAAGGAGCCUCCCCCCGGCCACUACCCACUCUCCAGGUCCCGGUCGGAGGAGGCCAUCUCAGAGUACCGCGAGGAGGGUGAGAGUGACCGGGACUCUGUGUACAAGGGGCUGCGCGUGCUGGACCACCCCACCUCCAUGUACAACAUUCCCCAGACUGUGCAUGAUGAACACGAUGCAAUCAUCUAUGAUGCCCCCAGAACCAUACCCUCCCUGGUGCCUGGCAUCCUCCGCUGCCCCUCACCUACAGACCACCCCUCCAGAAGCUUGUCAGCGGAUAGCCGCCGCCUCACGCCAGCAAGAAUGACUCAAAGACGCAGCCACUCACUAGAUGCCAGAAACGUCCUUGAAAGCUCCGAAGACUUGCCAAAUGGAAAGGGGUUAAGGAGAAGUGAAGGAUCAUCCACUGGCACCCCAGUGAGGGAUGUUCUCAAUGAGUCUGCCAGCAGUGACAUGUCUGCUGGCCAGCGAGGCAGCAGAAGUAGCAGAGGCCUCAGUGGGUCUUCCAUGCACGGGUCUCCAGUGGUGCGAAGGAUGGGCCGCUACUCCCCCGCCAACCCCUCGCCCCUCCUGCGGCACCCUGACCUCUCAGUACCACCAGACGCUGCAGCAGCACACCCUCCCAGCAGGCCCUCUCCCCUCCACCAUACAGACCUCAACCAGGCCGUGGACAACCUGAGGGUCUCUCAGUCCCAUGCUGAACAUGGCGCCAUACCAAAGACAACCAUGCGUGCUGAGGAUGCGACUCACGGCAUCAGAGGCAGCGAAGGGAACCAUGUGCAGCAGCAGCAUCAACAGCAGCAGCAUCAACAGCAGCAGCAUCAACAGCAGCAGCAUCAACCCCAAGGGUGGAGCGGCUACAGCCGCUACGACUACCGCAACAACAACCCCUACAUGCAUGGUGACCUCAGAGGCCGUGCAGCAGCCACCUACCAGCCCCAGGUUACCAGUACCCAUGUGGAGCCCACCCCUGCCAAGGUCGGGGCUGAAAACUACAUGCAGUACCCCAAGUACCCAACACCCCCUGAGGAGGCCCAGACAGCAGAGCCCUACCAGCCCCAGCCCGGUGAAGCCUACGGCCACACUCAGACUGCCAGAGAUGCUGACGUUUACUACACACAAAACGCAGAAGCCUACCAGAGCCACACUGUGGAAGCCUACCACACACAGACCACAGAGGAGCACCACAACCAGAGUGUGGAGGCCUUCCAGGCACAAAUGGCCCAGGCUCAGGAAGAAUAUGAUGCUGCUACUUACCUGGACAUGGACAGGUACAGGAUCCAGCAGGCAGUGAGGCGGCUGUACGACGGCUACCUGGCGGAGGGGCGGCUGGAGGCUGUACGUGGCGGCGGCGGACGUAACCCUCACGAGUCCUCCAUGGAGCACGACUCUCACAAUGACUCGGGCUACUCCACCAGGCUCUGCACGGGCUCGCAGGGACCCUCACCGGCCCUCUCUGGUGGCCAUGAAAUGCUGCCAGACGGUGACGUGCGGCCCCACCACGGAGCAGCCACACCUGAGGCUGGGCGGUGCGCUGCCUAUGGUGACGCCCAGAGGCAGGAGCUGGGCCGGGGCAGCCUAGGAGAGGCAGGGAAGGUGGUGGGGCCUGAGGCAGGCUACCCCGCCCCCCCUGGCCUGCGCUACAACAACGGCCUCCCUCCCGCGGUGGCCCCCAAGCCGGGAGUAGCACCCAAGUUCUCAACACCAAACCUGAGUGGCGACACGAUCAUCAUUGGGGAGUCGUCGCUGGUCUGAAGACACGUUUAAGAUUUUUUCUUCUUAACUUGAUCAUUAUUGGGAAGUUGCUGCUGGAAAGUGAAGCCACAAGUGGCCCACAGCCAUCAAUAAUUAUUUAUCUGUAUAUUGUAUGUAUUUUUGAAGAUGGAUAUAAGUAGAGAGCUUUAUAAAACAACUAAGCAAAGGAAAAAGACACUGCCCACACUGUGGGGAAAGUCAUAUGAUAUAUCACAAGGGCCAUGCAGCCACAGCCAUCAGUAAUUAUUGGCCAUGUGGGUCUUCAACUUGACAAGAGUAAAAGAGGUAAAGGAAGCAAACUAGAGGAAGGAUUGAGCAAUAUUUGAAAGUUAUAACCGGUGUGAAUAUAUAUAUAU